AUGACCGACCGACCCCCGCCGCUCAAGCGCCGACGAGUGUCGAGCUCGGCCGAGGAUAUGCAACACAGUAUCGUUGACCCGGGCACCAUCAAGAUCAACGUCAGCGGAGCCUACAUAAUCGAUAAUGGCGAAGCCCAAUCACCCGCGAGCGACAGCAGUGCCGAGGAACAAGGCUAUGAGCAUGACCGCCGCGACAUCCGCUUGCCCAAUCAUACAUCAGUCGUCAGCCACGUCGCCGCAGACAUUGGUGGCUCCCUUGCCAAAGUCGUCUACUUCUCACGCGAGCCUGGUGCGAAAGAGCCGGGAGGUCGUCUACACUUNUUGCGCUUCGAGACGGAGAAGAUCGAUACGUGUAUUGAGUUCAUGCGCGAAUUGCAAAAGAAGCAGAAGAGAGCCAAUGGCGGCAAGCAAUCAGAACUUUGCGUCAUGGCUACCGGUGGUGGUGCUUUCAAGUACUACGAUCGCAUAAAGGAAAGAUUGGGCGUUGAUGUCAUGAGAGAGGAUGAGAUGGAGUGCUUGAUCCAGGGGUUGGACUUUUUCAUCACUGAGAUUCCGAAUGAGGUCUUUACCUACCACGACGAGGACCAAGACAACCUUAUACACUACACUGACGCCCGCGCCGAUGUAUACCCAUACUUGCUUGUCAACAUUGGCAGUGGUGUGAGUAUGAUCAAGGUCGAAGGGCCUUCCAAAUUCCAACGUAUUGGCGGAACAUCACUCGGUGGUGGUACCCUCUGGGGUCUGCUUUCUCUGCUCACCGGAGCACGCACGUUCGAUGAUAUGCUAGCAAUGGCCGAUGCUGGCGACAACUCGACAGUAGAUCUGCUGGUCGGUGACAUUUACGGUCAAGGAAUGGGCUACGACAAGAUUGGAUUAAGCGAGAGGACCAUUGCCAGUUCAUUCGGCAAGGUCUUCAAGCGAAAAAGAGAGGCAGAACAAAAUGCCGAGGACGGACAACUACAACACGAGGAUGGUCCAGAGAGAUACGACACGGCAACACCAGAAGGUGCUGCUAAGCAACAAUCAGAUCGCAAGUUUGACAUCGGCGAGGGUCGUAUGUUUGCACCUCAAGACAUCUCACGGAGUCUGCUAUACGCAGUCAGGUUAGUCUUAUCCCAAUUCCGGUACUGUCAGGCUUGCAUAUCACUAACAUUGCGACUANNCAGUAACAACAUCGGUCAAAUCGCCUACCUUCAAUCAGAAAAACACAACCUCAAGCACAUCUACUUUGGCGGCAGUUUCAUCCGCGGCCACCGUCAAACCAUCCACACUCUAUCCUUUGCUAUCAAGUUCUGGAGCAAAGGCAAUAAACAAGCAUAUUUUUUGCGCCACGAAGGCUAUCUUGGUGCAGUAGGCGCAUUCUUGAAAAGACAACCCAGGAAUUUUGGCCGUAGGGCCAGUGUUCAUGAAGAGGAGUCAUGA